AUGUAAAUAAAUAUUAGAAAUUAUCAUUAUGAUGGGAAUAUAAUGGCGUACAAAUUUCCUCAAUCUAAAAUAAAAAUAUCGGGCUACCCAUCAAACAAAGUGAAGACUUAACCAGAAAAAUAGUAAAAUGAAAACCAGCCAUUUUCCUCACUAUGUGAAAUAAAUAAUGUUGAAAAAAUAUAAUAAAUCAGCUUGAGUUUAGAAAGGAGAAAUUAAAAUUUUGUGUGUAAGUUGCCUAUAAUAUACAGUUGUGAGAUUCCAGAGAACUAUUAUAUCUGGAAUAAAAAAAAAAAUAUAGCCAUAAGAAGUCUUCUACCAUAUAAGUUAAAAUAUGAAGAGAAAACGGCAUUUCUGAAAGACCUUUCAAAAGAUUUCUAAUCCAAAAGGUAUUCAGAGAGAUAUAAAAAUUCAUGUCAAAAGAAAACCAUCACUUAAUUAAAAUUACAACAAUAAUCAAAAACCUUAUCAAAAGAUCUAGAAUUUGAGCCUAAGGGGUGGACUAAUAAAAGCUCUCAUAGUCUCUUAUGA